AUGGCUGCGGAAGAGACGAACAGUGCCGUGCCCGAUACCAAGGUAUACUGCAAGACCUGUAAAAUAACAUUCAAAGAAUGGCGUUCCUAUCAUAAUCAUAAGAUGACCAGCGGACAACAUAUCUGCUGUGAUAUCUGCAGCACAGAUUUUCACACCGAUGAAGGUCUCAAGCGUCACCGAACCUUUAUGCACCCAAAAGAACAAGAUCUUUCAUGCCUGGGUUGUGGCAAACAAUACGUUCGUCUAGGAUCUCUGAUUGCUCACCUUGAACUCGAUAGCUGCCACGCAAUUAACUCUGAAACUAGACACACCCUGGCCGCUCGUAGACGACAACGACAACAGUUGCAUGCAAAAUUCACUGCUGGUUUGAGGGAUAUUGAUGAGAACGCCGGCCCACGAACUGGUAUCAGCUUGUUGGAUUCUCAGAAUACUCCUAUCAACGUUACGGAUAGCAAGCCGCCACCGCUUAUCUUUGAGGGUAAAAUAUCUACGAACUUUGAAUUUGGAGGUUGGGAAACUACAAUACUGGAAGAAGACGAACCAUCAAAUCUACCCAACGACGUGGUAUUAAAUAAUGUACCUGAGACCAUCAUGAAAUUACAACCAGAGGAGGACUUGAUCAGUUUCACGGAGGUCGGCAAGGCAAUGAGCACACCUUGGAGAAAGCCUUCAAAGAAAAGAGCUGAGAUCCCGGAGCCCACCAAAGAGGUCAAAUACGAGUAUGUCGAAAACGGAUUCCCAAUACCUAUCGCUCCUUCUAUGAAAGAAGACAACUUUCCAUCGUUGCCGAGUGUAAAUGACUUCAAGGAUGCCGGCAUGAAAGCUCCCAACUUCAUGGAUGCGCCAUUCGAGGACUCCAAAUUCAAUUCGAUCUGGGAUAGUCAGCACAUCAUCGCCAAUGCCCGAAAGCCUGUUUCACCACCACCUAAAGCAGCCGCUCCAGUCACGGAUGCAAUUGCUCGAACAGGUGGACUUCCACCUCUUCGCAUGCGGCCUUUAGUUAACCCUUUGCCCGAGAAAGAAUAUGCACCAUAUGAUCCUAAAGACCCUGCAUUCCGAGCACAAAGGUACUGGGUUCCAUUCACCAAAAAGUAUAAGUGCCCUCACCGACUCUGCAAGAAGAGUUCCGACACUGAAUCGGGCUUCGUCCAGCAUUUACUUUCCGUUGCACACGCUGGAAAUAACAGACUUAUUUGUCCUAACUGCUACAGAGCUUUUGGGACAUACACGGCCCUGACGCAACAUUGUGAGUCUCAAGGGGUCCGUUGCAAAAUCCGAGAGGCAGACAACUACGGUCGGGUUGUAGACGACAUCACGGCUAGUGUGGCAGACGUAGUAGGCAGACAUGAAGAUGAGACCGUGAAAUAUACCGUCAAUAAGGAAGGGUGGGGAGAUAUUGAAGCAAAAGCUUUCAUGGCGAGAAAACGUCGAGAAAUGGAGGAGAAGAAGUCUAAGAACAGGGCAAACUAUUGGAAAGAUCACGACAAGGAGUUUGAAUGGUAG